CAUCUUUCAUUCCUUCCUUCCACACCAUUACUGCAUGUGAUCAACAAAUUAAAUUGACCCAAAGUUAUCCCCCUCCCCCCAAAAAAAAAAAUGGGUGUUAACUUGACCUCCAUUAAGACCUCAUCAAAUGGAGCUUGGCAAGGUGAUAAUCCUCUCGAUUUUGCCUUCCCAUUGUUAAUAGUUCAAACCACUUUGAUUCUUGUCCUUAGCCGUUUCCUUGCUUUUCUUCUCAAACCCCUCCGCCAACCCAAAGUCAUUGCUGAAAUUGUUGGGGGGAUUCUGCUUGGGCCCUCAGCUUUUGGUCGAAACAAAGACUACUUGCAUCGGAUAUUUCCAUCAUGGAGUAUGCCCAUACUGGAAACCGUGGCAAGCAUUGGUCUUCUUUUCUUCCUUUUCCUUGUAGGUCUCGAGUUGGAUUUAAGCUCUAUUCGUCGAACCGGCAAGAGAGCCUUCGGCAUAGCACUUUCCGGGAUAUCCCUUCCAUUCAUCUGCGGCAUAGGCGUUGCCUUUGUUAUUAGAAAAACCGUUGAAGGAGCUGACAAAGUCGGCUUCGGCCAGUUUCUUGUUUUCAUGGGAGUCGCACUCUCCAUCACCGCUUUCCCCGUUCUCGCCCGAAUAUUAGCUGAGCUCAAAUUGUUAACAACGCAAUUGGGAGAAAUCGCCAUGGCAGCCGCCGCAUUCAACGAUGUCGCUGCAUGGAUUUUAUUAGCUUUAGCUGUUGCUCUUGCUGGCGAUGGCCCUGGUGAACAGAAAAGCCCCUUAAUAUCAGUAUGGGUCCUCCUCUCGGGUGUUGCUUUUGUCGUUUUUAUGAUGAUCGUAAUCCGACCCGCCAUGAAAUGGGUCGCUCGCCGAUGCUCACCCGAAAGAGAUGUCGUCGAUGAGGCAUAUAUUUGUUUAACAUUAGCUGGUGUAAUGGUAUCCGGAUUCAUGACCGACCUGAUCGGGAUCCAUUCCAUCUUUGGUGCCUUUAUUUUCGGACUAACGAUUCCUAAAGAAGGAGAAUUUGCAGAGAGAUUGAUAGAGAGGAUUGAAGAUUUCGUGUCAGGUCUGCUCCUUCCGCUGUACUUCGCGUCCAGCGGGUUGAAAACCGACGUCGCUAAAAUCAGCGGUGGGAGGGCUUGGGGACUACUGAUGCUGGUUAUAUCGACGGCUUGCGCGGGCAAAAUUAUAGGGACAUUCGCGGUGGCUCUGAUGUUUAAAAUGGCGGUGAGAGAGUCGUUGGCGCUUGGCGUUUUGAUGAAUACAAAAGGCUUGGUUGAACUCAUCGUCCUCAACAUCGGCAAGGAGAAGCAGGUACUUAAUGAUGAGGUUUUUGCUAUACUAAUUCUAAUGGCACUCGUCACCACCUUUAUCACAACCCCAACCGUUAUGGCUAUUUACAAACCGGCUCGUGGUUCGUCCGCUCUUACUCACCGGAAAUUACGUGACUUGACCAACACCGAUGAGUCAAAAGACGAGCUUAGGAUCUUGGCUUGCCUCCAUGGCCUUGGCAACGUACCCUCCAUCAUCACCCUCAUUGAGUCAACACGAAGUACCAAAAAAUCCCAACUCAAACUUUUUAUUAUGCACCUUGUGGAACUCACCGAACGUUCUUCUUCAAUCAUCUUGGUCCAUCGUGCUCGGAGGAAUGGACUUCCUUUCGUUAACAGACUUCGAAGGGGUGUGUGGCACGACCGAGUUACUGGAGCUUUCCAAGCCUACAGUCAACUGGGUCGAGUCUCGGUCAGACCCACAACAGCCAUCUCUGCAUUGUCUACCAUUCACGAGGAUAUUUGCCAUGUGGCCGAGACCAAAAGGGUGACGAUGAUCGUCUUGCCUUUCCACAAACAACAAUGGACGGGAGAAGGUGAUGAGCAGACGGUAGAAAAUGUGGGCCACGGGUGGAGACUGGUUAACCAAAGGGUGCUAAAGAACGCACCAUGUUCGGUUGCAGUGCUCGUGGACCGUGGGUUCGGGAACGGAGCCCUGACCCCUGGGCCCACUGCCACUACUACAGCUCAAAGUGUUUGCAUAUUGUUUUUUGGUGGAGCUGAUGAUCGUGAGGCUUUGGAGUUAGGUGGUAGAAUGGCUGAGCACCCAGCAGUGAAAGUGACCAUUGUAAGGUUCGUCGAAAACGAAGGAUCGGAAAGAAAUGGUGUAUUGUUGAGACCUUCAGCAAGCAAGUCGAAUGAAAAGAAUUAUAGCUUCUGCACUGCCAAAUUGAACCCUGAAAAAGAAAAGGAAUUAGAUGAGGCUGUAAUAGCAGAAUUCAAAAGUAAAUGGGAUGGAAUGGUGGGGUAUACAGAGAAGACAGCAUGUAACAUCAUUGAUGAUGUGUUAGGACUGGGACAAUGUGGGGAUUAUGAUCUCAUAGUCGUCGGGAAAGGGAGGUUUCCAUCACCUAUGGUGGCAAAAUUAGCAGACCACCAAGUCGAGCAUCCGGAAUUAGGACCUGUAGGAGACUUGUUGGCCUCAUCGAGUCACCGUGUUUUAUCGUCGGUGCUGGUAAUUCAACAGCACGAUCCGACACAUACUGAGGAGACACCAGCAACCAAAGUAGCUCAAGAUGACGAUGACGAGCUUAAAGGCGAAGUAACAUCAGGUGUGGGAGAAAUUUCAAAGGUCGUGUAAAUUACAAAUUUAUAAUGAUAUGGUAAUGGUAUAUGUUUGAGUUGUAUGACCCAAAUUCUAAGAGAUUAUUUACAAGUCAAGUUAAAUAAAAUAUAUUUUCUUUCUAGAAAA